AUGCCAGACGCAGACGCAACGUACAACAACCCCAAGCCGGUAGACCACGAGGAGAAAGUGCCAGCGGCGCCAAAGCAUACCAAAACGUUCUCUGCUAAUAGCAUUGAAGAAUGGGAUCUGUUCGAAAGCGGACUCGAUAUUCACUUCGGACAGCAUCUCGCCUACCUCAAGCAGGGGCAUAGACGGGUGCUCCUAGCGUCCACGCACCUCGAAGGCAGGUUGAGAGUACAGUGGAGAAGACACGUUAAAGAACUAGAGAAGAAGGACCCAGAGCGAAAAUUCACCUGGAAGGAAUUCAGCGACUGGUGUCAAGGUGUGAGCCCAUCGCCAGGGACCCAAUGA